GUGCCGCCGCCGUCAGCCGGGCCUGCGGCUCCUCGGGCGGGCAGACGGAGCUGUGACCCGCCGCUGGUCCAGGAUGUCCUCGGAGCUGGCCGCCGGGCUGCUGCUGCGUGUCCUGCUGCCCGUCAGCCUGACCGCAGCGUGUGUGUUACGGUAUAACGGGUUCUCUCUGGUCUACGUCCUCCUGCUGCUACUGCUGCCACUGCUGUCCGACCCGUCCUCCACAGGUAACACCGGUCGCUGCGUGACGGCGGUGUGCAUCUCCAGCUUCAUCUUCCUGCUGCUGCAGUGCUUCUUCCAGGUCACCACGGCAACACUGCAGCCAGAGUACAACUGUACGUCGUGGCAGAAGGCCCUGGGUCAGCUGGGCCUGGUGAGUCUGACUGGCAGUGAUGCAGGCUCGGCAGUGAGACAGGUGUUUCCAGAUGUCGGUGUGUUGGUCGUCGGCCUGCUGACAUGGAGGCUGAUCGUGAGGCUGAACGCUGCCACACACACACAGGAUCUGGAUCUGGAUCAGCAGCAGGAUCUGGAUCAGCAUCAGGAUCUGGAUCAGCAGCAGGAUUUGGAUCAGCAGCAGGAUCCGGAUCAGCAGCAGGAUUUGAUGUUUGAGGAUGAGGAGGGAGUUGGUAGAAACCGGAUUCUGGUGGAACUGGAGCUGCUGGUUUGUAAAACCAGACAGAUGGUUGGAAACAUGAUGACAACUGGAGGGAAGGUUCUGCUGACGGCUCUACUGGGACUCACAGGUAUCAUGUUCCCCUCUCUCUCCUCCCUUCUCUAUCUGCUCUGUUUCCAGGCGUUGUGUACCUGGUGGGCGUGGUCAGGUCAGGUCCCACCCCUACUCUUCAGAUGUAUGUCUGUGAUGUCACUGCUGUACUCCUCUUCCCACUUCCUUCUCUUCUACUGCUACCAGCUACCUUCACUGCAGGAGGCGUGGCCUCCCAACCACACCUCUGCCAGUGUUCUGGGCCUGGUGUCGGUGGUCUCAGCGGACUGCGCUGCCCCCUGGAGGCUGCAGGUGAACCCUGAGCUCAGCUGGUUUCACUUCAGCAGCCCUCUGAUGCUGCUGCUGCUCUACCACACGGUGGCCGGCCUGUGGAGGAACCAGCUCAUCGACGGCGGUGGGGGGUGGGACACGGAGAGGGCGAAGUCAGUGGUCAGUGACAGCUGUGAUGUCAUCACCGCCACCAGCAACCUCAGUUAUGAUGUCAGCAGUGACCUCACAGCAGAGAGGCGGAGAGAGCUGUGGAGGACAGCUGGAGACAGAGACAUGCCGGUGUCUUCGUCCAAGGACAUCCCUUCUCACUCCUUUGCCCCACCCACCCAGAGCACUGCCUUGGGAUUGGAUGCUUCCUCAACACCUCACUACUCUCUGAGCCAAUCAGACACUCUGGAGACAUGUGUGUUCGAGGCGGACGGCUGGGAGGAGGAGGAAGAGGACGUCGAGGAGAGGACAGGUGAGGAGGCUGUGGGCGGAGCCUCAGUGGCGUUCAGGUUUGUCCUGAGGCAGAGCUACAUCUGCGCUCUGACCUCCAUGAUGGCGUGGUCCAUCACAUACGUGUCCUGGCUCACCUGUGUGCUGCUGCUCUGGUCCUGCGUCCUCUGGAUGAUGCGAGAGCGCCGCCGCUACACGCUGAUGUCAUCGCCGUGGCUGGUCGCCUACGGCAACCUGCUGGUCGUCCUGCAGUACGUCUACAGCUUCCCCUCCGUCCAGGAAGUACCCGGACUGUUCCCCAGGAAGGACGACCCCUGCAGGGAGCUGGCCUCCAAGUUGUUGUGUCUGUUGACCUUCUGGUUGCUGCUGCGUCAGUCACUGACUGAGAAGAAAGACAGACAGACAGACAACCAGCUGUCUCAUAUCACUGUCCACCUGGAGGAGGACCAGCAGAAGGAGGAGGUUCUGUAUGAGGAGGUGCUGCUGGGAGGAGGAGGAGUCCAGAUGGAGGCUCUGGUUGCCGUGGUUACCAGGAUGUUUAUCAAAUACUGGAUCUACGUCUGCGGGACGAUGUUCUUCUUUGUCAGCUUCGAGGGGAAAAUCGUCCUCUACAAGGUCAUCUACAUGGUCAUGUUCCUGUGCUGCGUGGCCCUGUACCAGCUGAACUACGAGCGUUGGCGUGCCUUGCUCAGGGGGUUCUGGGUAGCGGUGGUGGUCUACUCCAUGCUGGUUCUGAUCCUGGUUUACACGUUCCAGUUCCCCUCGUCCCCUUCCACCUGGAGCUACUACACUGGACUCAGCACACACAGGUUGGAGGACGUCGGUCUGGAGAAGUUCUCGGUUCCGGUCCUCUUCACCAAGAUCUUCAUCCCUGCAGCGUUCCUGCUGGUGUGCAUCGUUCACCUGCAUUACUUCCAUGAGCCAUUUCUGCAGCUCACUGACCUGAAGACUGUGGUGGACACACACAACAGCACCAUCACCAGGUUGGUUCACUCUGAAGGCAGCCUGAUGGACCUGUCGGUGGGCGGAGCUCCUCAGGUCCACCUGGAGGAGGAGAAGGGAGGAGGACCUGUGGAUGGAGAGGAGAUAUGGAUGAAGGAGGAGGAGGAGGAGGAGGAGGAGGACUACCCCUGCAUGUUUGACAGGGAAACCCUGUCGGAGCAGCUAACAGUGCUGCUGUCCUGGAGGUUGGUGGUGGACCGUCUCUCCGUGCUGUUCCUGCGCCUCCUGCUGUCCCUGCAGCGCAUGCAGCGCCUCCUGUGGUGGCUGCUGGAACUGCACAUCAACAAGAUCGUGUCCUCCUACAUCAUCUGGGUCUGUGUGAAGGAGGUGUGUGUGUUUUACCUGUCUGUCUCUCCUCAGGUGUGUGUGUUUAACCUGCUCUUCGUGCUCUGUGUGGGCGGGGCUCUGCCCUGCAGGGCGUGGCGCCCCCUGCUGUCAGGAGUCUGUACCGUCUGGACCUGUGUAGUUACCGUCUGCAAGAUGUUGUACCAACUGAACGUCGUCCAGCCAAUCAGAUACUCCGUCAACUGCACCAUGCCCAGUAACUCCUCCAUCGACCUGUCUCAAUCAGUUUUGUACUCUGGUCCUGUUGAUCCCGCCCAGUGGGUGGGGCUUCGAAAGACAGAUGGAAAACUGCUGGACUACCUGAGGUACAACCUGGUGAUGUUAGCGCUGUUAGCCUUUGAGGUGACUGUUUACCGACGCCAGGAGCUCUACCGUCUCCGCCGUAACAAAGUCCCGCCCCCUACCAGGACGCUCUUCCAUGACAUCACCAGACGCCACCUGGAUGACGGUGUGAUUGACUGCGUUAAAUACUUCCUCAACUACUACUUCUACAUGUUUGGCCUGGAGACCUGUUUCCUGCUGGCUGUGAAUGUGAUUGGUCAGCGGAUGGACCUGUUUGCUGUCGGGCACGCCUUUGGCCUCAUUACCGUCCUAUCACAUCGCAGCAGGAAGCGCAUCGCAUCAGUGUGGCCGCGGUACUGCUACUUCCUGUCGGGUGUGCUGUGCUUCCAGUACCUGCUGUGCAUCGGCUUCCCUCCUGCUACCUGUGCAGAUUAUCCGUGGAGACGUUUGUCUUCGACCGUCGACUCCAACGUGGUGAAGUGGCUCUUCUUACCCGACCACUUGACGCCACCAAACCCGCUCUUCCUGCUCUAUGACUUCCUGCUGCUCCUCGGGGCGUCGUUGCAGCUGCAGGUGUUUGAGGAGGAGCUUCAGCCGGCGGUCCAGGUGCUGGCAGGAGACAACAGCGAGCUGGACGGAGACGACGCACAGAUCUAUGAUCCAAUCAGACGGCUCCGUCUCAGCACGGUGCCUGACUUCAUGUUGUGCAGGUCUUAUCUGGACAUGAUGAAGGUGAUCAUCUUCAGCUACAUGUUCUGGUUCGUCCUCACCAUCAUCUUCAUCACCGGGACAACCAGGAUCAGCAUCUUCUGUAUGGGCUACCUGGUGGCCUGCUUCUACUUCCUGCUGGUGGGCGGAGACCUGCUGCUCAAACCGCUGCACUCCAUCCUGCUCUACUGGGACUGUCUGAUUGGAUACAACGUGUUCGUCAUCACCAUGAAGAAUGUCCUGUCGAUCCUGGCCUGUGGUUUCAUCAAGUCUCUGGUACUGAAUCACUGUUGGUUGAUUCAACUCUUCAGUUUGGCGUGCACCAUCAAAGGAUACACCAGACCGGAGCAGCAGAGCAGCAAACAGUGCGAGCUGCCGAGCGAUGAGGCUGGGAUCAUCUGGGACGGCGUUUGUUUCUGCUUCCUGCUGCUGCAGAGGAGAGUCUUCAGGAGCCACUACUUCCUGUAUGUGGUGCUGGACCUGCAGAACACACAGCUGCUGGCCUCCAGAGGGGCAGAGCUCUUCGAGGCGUCCACUGUAAAAGCUGUACGAGCCAGACUGGAGGUGGAGAAGACGUCCAUGGACCUGCUGAAGAGACAGAUGGAGAGGAUCAAAUCUCGACAGCAGAAGUUCCGCAAAGGAAAAGAGAAAAUGCUGAGUUUGACACAGGACAGCUUCCAUAACGACGGUCAGGAGAACAGGAUGCGGCACAAGGAGUGGUGGCGGCCCUGGGUGAACCACGCCUCCAUGGUGCGCAGCGGUGACUACUACCUGUUUGAGACGGACAGCGAGGAGGAGGAGGAGAGGGAGGAGGAGGAGGAGAAGAAGGAGGAGGAGGAGCUUCCCGAGAAGUCGGCCUUUCAGUUCGUCUAUCACGCCUGGAUCACCGACUCCAGAACAGCGAUGAGAGCUCACAGGAACCAGAAGAAACUGCUGAAGAAGAACUCGUCUGAACGAAGGAGCAGGAGGGACGACAAGAGGACGGAAAACGGAGUGAUUGAAGUGACGGAGGAGGACGAGGAGGACGGACCAGACACGGUGCUGCGUCGGUUCUCCAACACGCUGCGGUUCUGCUGGGUUCUGCUGUCGGCCCUGCUGGACUCUCUGACCGCCUGGCUCAGAGGUUUGUGUCAGGAACACAUCGACAUCUCCACCGUCCUCCGCAUCGAGCGCUGCAUGCUAACACAGCAGGCUAAGCAGGGCGCCGUUCCCAGCAGGGAGGCCAUCAACGUUUACUACCAGGAGCAGAUGAUGAAGAGCUCCAGAGAGUCCGGCUUAGACUGCUGCACCCAUGAAGACGAAGAGAAGGGAGGAAGCCCUGAUGUACAUGAAGAAGAAGCAGGAGGUGAAACAGCAGAGGAGAAACCAGAACCAGAACCAGAAGGUUCAGAGACGGCAGGUGAUCCAACCGUGGACGCUGAAGGUUGUCCAGAAUGUCAAGUGGCUAAAACCAGCCAAAGGUCUCGACCCAAACUGUGGAGGAUGGAGAGAGUCUGGUCCUCGUCCUCCUCAGAGGAGAUCAGUGGGACGUUCAGUGUUGGAGAGACAGAGCAGCCGUCCUCCUCCUGCUGCCUGCUGCCCCCGUCAUACAGCCUCGCUCUCGGCCUGGACCAGCAGGAAGCCUCCUCCUUCGGACCUCCACCUCCAGCACGAACCCAGGAGCUGACAGCCAGCGAGCUGCUGAGGAAUAGGACUUUCUACAACGAUGAGUUGGAGGCGUCAGACCGUUUCUAUAGCAACCAGCCCCAGCUGCUCCAGCUGAGCUACGCCCUCUACAACAUUCUGGCCGCCAGGUCAGAGACCGUGUGCUACCUGGUCAUCGUGUUGAACCACAUGGUGUCUGCCAGCUGUCUGACGCUGGUUCUGCCGGUUCUGGUGUUCCUCUGGGCCAUGCUGUCCGUCCCUCGUCCCAGUAAGAUCUUCUGGAUGACGGCCAUCAUCUACACCGAGGUCACCAUCGUCAUCAAGUACUUCUUCCAGUUCGGGUUCUUCCCCUUCAACCAGAAGCUGGAGGUGGACCGGUCCAAACCCUUCCACCCACCCAACAUCCUGGGAGUGGAGAAGAAGGAGGGCUACGUCCUGUAUGACCUGCUGCAGCUGCUGGCACUGUUCCACCAUCGGGCCAUCCUCAAGUGCCACGGAUUGUGGGACCAGACUGUUACCACAGAGAGCAGCACUCCUUGUCACCAUGACGACCAGGCUGACUCCACCCACGGCGACCCCUCCAACAACAUGGCCGACCCCAACAACACGCUGCGACGGCGAGGACAGAGACGGACACACUCCAGCUCCACCCAGCAGCACUCUUCUGCAGGCAGUGUCAGCUCCGGGACCCAGCUGCCCGGCAGGUUGGACCUGCUGCUGCAGAAACUCAUAGAACUUUCUAUCAGAGCCAAGCAGUACUCUGUUAGCAGGUGCAUGUCUCUCUACCACCCGCUGUGUCAGUUCUUCAGAGCUCUCGUCCAACCAGAGUACAGCGCCGUCACCGACGUGUAUGUCCUCAUGUUCCUCGCCGACACCGUCGACUUCAUCAUCAUCGUGUUCGGCUUCUGGGCGUUCGGAAAACACUCGGCUGCUGCUGACAUCACUUCCUCCCUGUCAGAGGACCAAGUUCCUGAAGCCUUCUUAGUCAUGGUCCUCAUCCAGUUCGGUACCAUGGUGAUAGACAGGGCUCUGUAUCUGAGGAAGACAGUUUUGGGGAAGUUGGUCUUUCAGGUGAUUUUGGUGUUUGGGAUUCACUUCUGGAUGUUUUUCAUCCUGCCGACGGUCACCGAGAGGCGGUUCAACCAGAACCUGGUGGCUCAGCUCUGGUACUUUGUCAAGUGUGUUUACUUUGGUCUGUCGGCCUAUCAGAUCCGAUCUGGUUACCCAACACGAGUUCUGGGGAACUUCCUCACCAAGAGCCAUAACUACCUCAACCUGUUCCUGUUCCAGGGGUUCCGCUUGGUUCCCUUCCUGACUGAGCUGAGGGCGGUGAUGGACUGGGUCUGGACAGACACCACGCUGUCUCUGUCCUCCUGGAUCUGUGUGGAGGACAUCUACGCCCACUGCUUCGUCCUCAAGUGCUGGAGGGAGUCUGAGAAGAGGUACCCUCAGCCCCGCGGCCAGAAGAAGAAGCGGGUGGUGAAGUACGGGAUGGGCGGUCUAAUCGUGCUGCUGCUGAUCUGCAUCGUCUGGUUUCCGCUGCUCUUCAUGUCGCUCAUCAAAUCCGUGGCUGGGGUGGUGAACCGGCCGCUCGACGUCUCUCUGACCAUUACGCUGGGAGGCUUCCAGCCGAUCUUCACAAUGAGCGCGCAGCAGAACCAGCUCCGAGACCUGACGGAGGAGGACUUCAGCUCCUUCAUCAGCUCCUACAGAUACACGCCUAGUGCCCUGCAGUUCCUGGAGGCAUACGGCCCAGAAGACGUGACGGUGGCCGACCUGCAGGGCAGCAGCAACUCCCUGUGGACCAUCAGUCCCCCCAGCAGGCAGUACCUGAGCCAGGUGCUCUACCUGGACCACUUCCCCCUGACUGUGUCCUGGACGGUCCAGAGGAACUUGAGUCUGGGAGCGAAGGCGGAGCUUGCGUCAGGUAAACAUGUGACCUACCUGGACGAUCAGACUCGUCUGGAGCUGAUCGAGCUGCUCAAUGGAACCAGGAGGCAACCUGUGGUGAUACAGGACGUGUUUCCGUGUUUCAUGCGAGCGCCCAGCGACUCCAAUGCCAAACCCAUCGAGCAGCUGUACUCAGACAACCGCUACAAGGACAUCCUGCUGGCCUUGGAGCGGUUGACCAAUCAGAGCAGAGAGAUCGAGGAGUGGUGGAUAGUCGACCAACCGGCUGCCAGCUUGGUUCCACUUGCGGGCGGAGCGUCACUGAGUGACAGGCGGGAGGCGGGACUUCAGCUGUUUGUGUUCAGUGAUAAAGUCAGUCCUCCAAGUCUGGGCUUCCUGGCUGGAUACGGGAUCAUGGGUCUGUAUGCGUCAGUGGUUCUGGUCAUCGGGAAGUUUGUGAGGGAGUUCUUCAGCGGCAUCAGUCACUCCAUCAUGUUCGAGGAGCUGCCAUGUGUCGACCGCAUCCUCAAGCUCUGCACCGACAUCUUCCUGGUGAGGGAGACGGGUGAGCUGGAGCUGGAGGAGGAGCUUUACGCCAAGCUGAUCUUCCUGUACCGCUCUCCGGAGACGCUGAUCAAAUGGACGCGCCGUUGACAUCACAGCGACAACGUUCUGCAGACGUGCUGAUGCUGGAACGUUACCUGAACGCUGCCGGAACGUUACCUGAACCCUGGGCGACCAAUAGGAGCAGCUGCAUGAACUGUUACUGAGCAGACGGAACAAUGGAAGCAUCUAUCAGUAUUAAUUAUUGAUUAUUGAUCAGUGAUUAUUAAGUAUUGAUCAGUGAUCAGGGACGUCCUGGGAGCUCUGGAACCAUGAAAUGUGUCAACAGUUAAAUAAAGUUUAAUUAAAGCUGA